AUGGAUGUUAUGGAAUCAGAAUGGGUGAGCAAAGCCAUUGACAAUGUGGACAAAUACUUGCAUAGGGGAGGAAGAUGUCAGGGUGAUAACCCGCAACUCCUCGGGGGCACAGAUCUUUUGAAUACAAUUGGAAUGGCGAUGGGACUCCCAAUGAAGGACCCCAGCUCUUGGUCUGACAGGGAGCUGCAGCUAGCCCUGAAUAACCAGCUGGUCUAUUUCGAGGGCGAAGCGCGCGAAGCCAUUGAUGUAAUAGCGGCGCAGAUCAGAAGCUGUUGCGAAGGGGACGACAAAAACUUUGUUACAGUUAUCCCCGUUGAGUUGUACUUUAAUAGCAAGCUGUAUGAGCUCCCCGUUUUUAGAGUACAACGAUACAAAGACAGCCACAAAUACUUCGUAGACAAUAUCGGCCGUAGCUACAAUUCCUUUUCGGAUUGGUAUCAGAACAGCAAACUUCCGCCGUGCAAAAUGGCAUAUCCUUAUAACCUCCAGCUCAUGUUGCGCCCUGGAUAUGAUUACUCUCGCGUGUUAGUAGACUAUACUCCCUUCGCUCGUUCUGAUCAUAAAGCUGUUCGGGCCAUAGACACUGUCUCAGCGGUAGCAGGUAUAGGCUCUGGUGUCGGGUUGUUGUUCGCUAGUGGAGGUCUGGCAGCUCCUCUAGUAAUUACCGGAGUUGCGAGUGCGAUUUGGGGCACAGCCAGAUCCGGCGCGCAGUUAGCAGAUAAAACGCUCCAUGGCGAAAGUGUUAAUCCUUUCUCAGACUCUGAGUCUCGUAUGCUUUGGCUCGGCAUAGCGGCCAAUUUAGUCAGCUUCGGGGCAAUGGGUGCUUCUAUGCGGCUGACCUCCCUUGCGAUCAAAGGUCAAAGCAUAUCUAACGCUUUCCGAGUGUUCGUUAAUGUCGCCAAUGGAACAAACGUAGCUAUGUUGAUCGCCUCAAACUUGCAAAGCCACGAGUUAGAUAGGCUGUACACGUUCAAAAGCACCGUUGAUACUUUUAAGGCGUCACCGUAUAUGAGAGAAAUGAUGCAUUUUGUUUCUGAGCGCAAUCCGAAAAGUGUCAGCGAAAUCGUCGCGUACUGUGAAUUUGUUGUCAAGUACGUUGAGACUGAAAAGCUUUUGGUAGAGAAAAAGCUGAGAAAUGGUACCCUGACCUUGCCCAUUAAUGUAAAAAAGUCAGAGUGGACGAGAAAGAAGGCCACAGAGGUCGUAUUUCACAACCCCAAUGCCAUGCUUCAGAAGUUUCGACAGUUGACGGAUGUAGUCACUAGGUGUGAAAUGGUCGGAAUUGAAGUGUUGCCGAAGAACUUGAGCGAUACAGAAUUGGUAGCGGCGUUGCGGAGGAUAGACGUCAAAUUCGGUAGCACUGUGUCGGCGGCAUACCACGUGUUCAAGCACCCUACGGAUCCGCUCGAGGCUUAUAUAAUACGCGCAAACAGCACAUUGCGUUCUGCAGAGCAGUACAGUGUCACUCUCACUCAGGAUGGGGAUGCCCGCACCGUAAGGUUCGAAGGUGCCAGUGGCUCCUGUGUCAUCCUGGAGAGAGAUGGUCGCGUUUUGCUCUGCACAUUCACGCCGAAGAUUUCC